AUGGCUCUCGGUGGUUCUACCAACGUGGUUCUCCAUCUCAUUGCUAUCGCUCAUUCUGUCGGACUCAACCUUACCAUCGAUGAUUUUCAAAAAGUCUCUGACCGUGUACCCCUUCUCGCCGAUCUAAAACCCAGUGGAAAAUACGUUAUGGAAGACAUACAUACGAUCGGUGGUAUUCCCAGCGUCAUCCACUUCCUUAUCAAGCACGGCUAUAUGACCGGUGACGGAUUGACUGUUACCGGUAAGACCCUUGGUGAAAACUGUGAUCGAUGGGUUGAAAAACACGGUAGCAAGUGGGAAGGACAGAAAAUUCUUAGACCGGUCGACGACCCUAUCAAAUCGACGGGUCAUCUUCGAAUCUUGAGAGGUAACCUUGCUCCAGGUGGUGCUGUUUCUAAAAUUACUGGAAAGGAAGGUCUUCGAUUCACAGGGAAAUGCCGAGCUUUCGAUGUUGAGGAAGACUUUGUAAAGGCAGUAGAAUCAGGUUCGAUCAAGAAGGGUGAAAAGACUGUAGUCGUAUUGAGGUAUCUUGGACCUAAGGGUGGACCCGGUAUGCCCGAGAUGCUUAAACCAACCAGUUUGAUCAUGGGUGCUGGUCUUGGUUACGACGUGGCUUGUCUUACCGAUGGACGAUUUAGUGGUGGUUCUCACGGUUUUGUUGUUGGUCAUGUCGUACCAGAAGCGCAAGUUGGAGGACCCAUUGCACUCGUCCAAGAUGGCGACAUCAUAGAUAUUGACGCUGUCGCCAAUACCCUCAACGUGAACGUGUCCGAUGAAGAGAUGGCUCGUCGAAAGGCCGCAUGGACCGCCCCACCGCUCAAGGUCAAUCACGGUACACUCUACAAAUACGCCAAACUCGUGACUGAUGCUUCCCAUGGUUGUGGUGAGUGGUGA